GACUUGGUUCCAGUUGUCUUCAUUUCCGUUUUCCUAUCGUGUCGCACUGAAAUGACGUGCGUCAUCUGCGCCUCAUCUCCGUCCAGCUAUGGCGGCGCUGCUGAGAGGUCUGCGGGCUGGAAGGACACUUCGGGGGCUGAGUAGCGUGGUGACUUCACCAGCGUCAUUAAACCCUCAGUGCAGUUUGAGACGAGGUUUCCACUGUGCAGCGCUGCGGUUUCAGGACGAGUCCAAAUCCUCCUCCUCCUCCUCCUCUUCUUCUUCUUCUUCAUCUUCAUCCACGACUUAUCAUGAGCACCGUCAUCCUCAGUCUGGUGAGCGGGACACAACCGACGCUUCCCGGGACGACUCGGCCUUUGAUGCAGCAGCGGAGGAGGCUGCGAGGCCAAACACCAGUUACCAGGACCAGAGCGGAGAACAGAGCGAGGAGUACGAGACGGAGGAGCAGCUUCAGGCUCGAAUCCUGACGGCCGCUCUGGAGUUCGUUCCUCUGCACGGCUGGUCCAUGGAGGCCAUCGCAGCCGGCGCCGAGACUCUGGGUCUGUCCUCUGCUUCCACUGGGAUGUUCCACAACGGAGCUGGAGACCUGGUCCUACAUUUCAUUGCCCAGUGCAACUCACAGCUGACUGAGAUCCUGGCUGAGGAACACAAUCAGGUCCAGCUGGGCCAGGCCGAGCCAAAGAAGACGGCUGACUUCCUGAGAGACGCCGUGGAGACCAGACUGCGAAUGUACAUCCCCUACAUCGAAAACUGGCCUCAGGCGAUGAGCAUCCUGCUUCUUCCCCACAACAUCCCCGACAGCCUGAAGCACCUGUCCACGCUGGUGGACGACAUCUGGUACUACGCUGGAGACCGAUCCACAGACAUGAACUGGUACACCAAACGGGCCGCGCUCACCGGCAUCUAUAACACCACAGAGCUGGUCAUGGUCCAGGACUCCUCCCCAGACUUCCAGGACACCUGGAACUUCCUCGACAACCGUAUCCAGGAUGUGGUCAACAUGGCCUCCACGGCCAAACAGGUGCAGUCGACAGGUGAAGCUGUUGUGCAGGGGCUCAUGGGAGCUGCUGUGACUCUGAAGAACCUGACAGGAGCGAACCAGAGACGAUGAUGGAAACGUCUUCCCGACCAUCGGCCUGAACAUCCACUUCUGAAUCUCAUUUCUGACUCACUGUAAAAAGAAAUGACUCUGAAAUCAUUGCAUCAUGAGUUUUUUGAAGAGAAAGUUAUGAUUUGUCAAAGACCACUGGUGUGUUUGGUUUUCACCCGUUCGACCCCGUGGCUUUGACUCGCUGUGUUACACUGUCUGAGAUUUUGCUGUCACCUGCUCAGAUCUUUCAUUUUCCCUUUUUAUAGAAAAAAGGACACAAAGAUCUGUCGUUUAAUUGUCAAAUUAAAGUAUAAUAAAGCGCUUGUUGUAUAUUUAA